UCUAACAAGAACAACAUCAAGAAUGUGGACACCAGCGAUAUCAUCGAGAUAUCGGACAACGAAGGAUAUCCGCCUCUGGGAGGCAGAGACGCGCGAGGCGCUCGACACGCAAUGCAGAUGCGAAAAUCAAAGCCGAAGAAGAAACACGAUGUGACGAACAUGAAGACGAUCGAGCUCUCUGAUGACGAAGACGUAGUUUCUCAGAUCUCGCCAGUCCCCAGGGGAGUGGACAUGCGGACGCCGAAGGGGGCGAUGAUCCACGCCAAGAAGCAGCCUGAGGUGAUAGAGAUUUCGGACGACGAAGGAUCGGCUGACCAAGGCCGCGCGAGCCGAAGAGCAUAG